GCUUGGACGAGGGGCGCGGGCCAGUCUGGGAGUUGUAGUUCCAGGUCGCUGUGGGGCGCGCGCCUGGCGGAAGUGGCUGGAGAAGGCGGGCGGAAGCUCCACGCCAAGGUACUGGGUUCGGUGCUGAGGCGGCGGCUGCGACACGGAAAAGACUGAGUGACUGAAGCUCCGAAGGCCAGCAGGCUGGUGGGGACGUGACCGAAGCGAGGCUCUAGUUCCUUUUCGGUGGGCGCCAGUUGAGCAUCGCCUCUGGCUUCCCCAGGAUGCGCCGGCAGCCGGGGAGCGGCUGCAGGCGCGGGGCCUAAGGAUGAUAUUUCCUGUCCUCCGCUCCGCGCUCCGGUGGCUGCGACAGCCCGGAGACCGUGCCUUUUCCCGCGCCGCCAUGGAGGUGGCCCUCCGAGGCGUGCGGAAAGUCCUCUGUGUGGCCGAAAAAAACGACGCGGCCAAGGGGAUCGCCGACCUGCUGUCCAACGGUCGCAUGAGGCGGAGAGAAGGACUUUCAAAAUUCAACAAGAUCUAUGAAUUUGAUUAUCACCUGUAUGGCCAGAAUGUUACCAUGGUAAUGACUUCGGUUUCUGGACAUUUACUGGCUCAUGAUUUCCGGAUGCAGUUUCGAAAAUGGCAGAGCUGCAACCCUCUUGUCCUCUUUGAAGCAGAAAUUGAAAAGUACUGCCCAGAGAAUUUUGUAGACAUCAAGAAAACUCUGGAACGAGAGACUCGCCAGUGCCAGGCUCUGGUGAUCUGGACUGACUGUGAUAGAGAAGGCGAAAACAUUGGGUUUGAGAUUAUCCACGUGUGUAAGACUGUAAAGCCCAAUCUGCAGGUGUUGCGAGCCCGAUUCUCUGAGAUCACACCCCAUGCCGUCAGGACAGCUUGUGAAAACCUGACUGAGCCUGAUCAGAGGGUGAGCGAUGCUGUGGAUGUGAGGCAGGAGCUGGACCUGAGGAUUGGAGCUGCCUUUACUAGGUUCCAGACCCUGCGGCUUCAGAAGAUUUUUCCUGAGGUGCUGGCAGAGCAGCUCAUCAGUUACGGCAGCUGCCAGUUCCCCACAUUGGGCUUUGUGGUGGAGCGGUUCAAAGCCAUUCAGGCUUUUGUACCAGAAAUCUUCCACAGAAUUAAAGUAACUCAUGACCACAAAGAUGGUAUCGUAGAAUUCAACUGGAAAAGGCAUCGACUCUUUAACCACACGGCUUGCCUAGUUCUCUAUCAGUUGUGUAUGGAGGAUCCCAUGGCAACUGUGGUAGAGGUCAGAUCUAAGCCCAAGAGCAAGUGGCGGCCUCAAGCUUUGGACACUGUGGAGCUUGAGAAGCUGGCUUCUCGAAAGUUGAGAAUAAAUGCUAAAGAAACCAUGAGGAUUGCUGAGAAGCUCUACACUCAAGGGUACAUCAGCUAUCCCCGAACAGAAACAAACAUUUUUCCCAGAGACUUAAACCUGACGGUGUUGGUGGAACAGCAGACCCCCGAUCCACGUUGGGGGGCCUUUGCCCAGAGCAUUCUAGAGCGGGGUGGUCCCACCCCACGCAAUGGGAACAAGUCUGACCAAGCUCACCCUCCCAUUCACCCCACCAAAUACACCAACAGCUUACAGGGAGACGAACAGCGACUGUACGAGUUUAUUGUUCGCCAUUUCCUGGCCUGCUGCUCCCAGGAUGCUCAGGGGCAGGAGACCACAGUGGAGAUCGACAUCGCUCAGGAACGCUUUGUGGCCCACGGCCUCGUGAUUCUGGCCCGAAACUAUCUGGAUGUGUAUCCAUAUGAUCACUGGAGUGACAAGAUCCUCCCUGUCUAUGAGCGAGGCUCCCGCUUUCAGCCCAGCACCGUGGAGAUGGUGGAUGGGGAGACCAGCCCGCCCAAGCUGCUCACCGAGGCCGACCUCAUUGCCCUCAUGGAGAAGCACGGCAUUGGUACGGAUGCCACUCAUGCGGAGCACAUCGAGACCAUCAAAGCCCGGAUGUACGUGGGACUCACCCCAGACAAGCGGUUCCUCCCUGGGCACCUGGGCAUGGGACUUGUGGAAGGUUAUGAUUCCAUGGGCUAUGAAAUGUCUAAGCCUGACCUCCGGGCUGAGCUGGAAGCUGAUCUGAAGCUGAUCUGUGAUGGCAAGAAGGACAAAUUUGUGGUUCUAAGGCAGCAAGUGCAGAAAUACAAGCAGGUUUUCAUCGAAGCAGUGGCUAAAGCAAAGAAAUUGGAUGAGGCCUUGGCCCAGUACUUUGGGAAUGGGACAGAGUUGGCCCAGCAAGAAGAGAUCUACCCAGCCAUGCCAGAGCCCAUCAGGAAGUGCCCACAGUGCAACAAGGACAUGGUCCUCAAGACCAAGAAGAACGGCGGGUUCUACCUCAGCUGCAUGGGUUUCCCGGAGUGUCGCUCAGCCAUGUGGCUUCCUGACUCGGUGCUGGAGGCCAGCAGGGACAGCAGCGUGUGUCCAGUUUGUCAGCCACAUCCUGUGUACAGGUUGAAGUUAAAGUUUAAGCGCGGUAGCCUUCCCCCGACCAUGCCUCUGGAGUUUGUUUGCUGCAUCGGUGGAUGCGACGAGACCCUGAGGGAGAUCCUGGACCUGAGAUUUUCACGGGGCCCCCCCAGGGCUAUCCAGCCCUCUGGUCACCUGCAGGCUAGCCAGUCUCUGAACAGGAUGGACAAUAGCCAGCACCCCCAGCCUGCUGACAGCAGACAGACUGGGCCCUCAAAGGCUCUGGCCCGUACCCUCCCACCACCCACGGCUGCUGGUGAAAGCAAUUCUGUGACCUGCAACUGUGGCCAGGAGGCUGUGCUGCUUACUGUCCGUAAGGAGGGCCCCAACCAGGGCCGGCAAUUCUUUAAGUGUAACGGGGGUAGCUGCAACUUCUUCCUGUGGGCAGACAGCCCCAAUCAGGGAGCAGGAGAGCCUCCGGCCUCGGCAUAUAGACCCCUAGGCGGCUCCCUGGGACGCCCACCAGGCCCAGGGAUCCACCUGGGUGGGUUUGGCAACCCUGGUGAUGGCAGUGGUACUGGCACAUCCUGCCUGUGCAGCCAGCCCGCUGUCACACGGACUGUACAGAAGGAUGGGCCCAACAAGGGACGCCAGUUCCACACGUGUGCCAAGCCGAGAGAGCAGCAGUGUGGCUUCUUCCAGUGGGUCGAUGAGAACACCGCUCCAGGGACUUCUGGAGCCUCCUGGACAGGAGACAGAGGAAGAAUCCUGGGGUCGGAAGCCAGAAGCAAAAGGCCCCGGGCCAGUUCCUCAGACACGGGGUCCACAGCAAAGAAACCCCGGAAAUGCAGCCUUUGCCACCAAACUGGACACACCCGUCCUUUUUGUCCUCAGAACAGAUGAGCUCAGGGUAGGGUCGAGAGCGCCACUUUCUCAGACCUGUCUCCUUUGUGUUGGGAAAUGAGUUAACCAGGACCAAGUGGCCAUUUAGUGUCCUGGAAACUUGGAGGACAGUGUUGGCCUUUGGAGUCGGGCCUUUUUGUGUUAAGGGGCACAAGGUCCAGACCACUGUGGAGCAGGCCAGCUCUGUUGGACAGUGGCCCUCUUCCCAAGCCUCAGAAGUGACCAUAGCCACUGCUGAAAAGUCACGCAGCUGCUCCCUCGGACCCCCCAAGGGUGGUUGCUGUUAGCAGAGGAUUGGUGCAGUCCUAGCUGAAGCUCACUGUGUGCCAAAGGAAGAAGCUCCCAGGACUGCUUCCUUCACCUCCAGAAAGCCCCAGGUGAGCCAGCAGCACUCGUGGGGCAGGCCAUGUCCAAGCUGCCCAGGGCUUCUCUCAUAGAUGUCCUGAGAAGGACGGUGUAAUACAAGAAAGUGGCUGUGGUAACACUGAUCCUGCAGAAGAAGCUUCAUUCCCUCUUUAGUUAAGCCAGGACACCCAGAAUUCAUUGCCUUAAUAAAGAACCCAGGCUGGGUGCAGUGGCUUA